CAGCAUCGGUGACAGCUGCCAGAGCUUUGCAGAUGCCUGGGCACUCUCGGUCGAGGAUCUCAAAAGAUUGAAUCCCGGAAUUACGUGCCCAGAUCUCGAUACCAGCAAGUCGUACUGCUUGGUGGGUACCGUCACCGACGAUCCGCCUAUGACCACCUCCACCCAGUCCCCGGCCACAUCGUCCUCCAAGCCGACCAGCACCCGGACCUCGACCAUCACCCUAGCCCCAUCUACCACUUCUCGCUCGACCAUUUCCUCCUCCCCUUCGACCACCACCACUCGCUCCGGCAAUGGUGUGACUACGCCACUCUUGGAUCCAAUCCGGCAUGGUCGGAAACUGCAACAAGUUCCAUUUUGUCGAAAAGGAUGAGACCUGUGACACCAUCGCGGCUCUCUACUCCAUCUCGGCGUCUCAGUUCCUCCAGUGGAACCCUGCAGCCAAAGCAGACUGCUCUGGCCUCUGGGCCUCAACGUAUGCCUGCGUGGGUAUCAUCGGAGGCACCCCGCCGGCAACCACGACGCGGGCUGGAAACGGCAUCACGACGCCUACGCCCGUGCACCCUGGCAUGGUGAGCAACUGCAACAAGUUUGCCUACGUCAACCCCGGCGAUACAUGUGAUGGCCUCGCCUCCUUGUACCACAUCUCGACUAGUGAUCUCGUCUCGUGGAAUGCUGGCAUCGGCGGGAAAGACUGCCGUAGCUUGCAAGCCAACACCUUCAUAUGCAUCGGUGUCACCGGAGGCACGCCUACGAGCACUGGAAAUGGCAUUCCGACACCCACCCCGACACAGUCGGGUAUGGUCAAGAACUGCAACAAGUUCGUCUACGUCAACCCGGGCGACACGUGUGCUGGCAUUGCCUCUAAGAACUCCAUCUCGGUCGAUAAUUUUGUUAAAUGGAAUGGCGGCGUUGGCGGGAAGGAUUGCCGUGGCCUGCAAGCCUACACUUACGCCUGUGUUGGCGUGAAGGGCUAAAGGGUAGGGCUAUAUGGGUACCUACCUUAUCUUAGGUUACUCAUCUUCUUAAAGAGACAAUGCGACUCUCCAAUAUCAUGAUACCUGGUAAACGUCCACCCGGCACCUUGGCAAGAUGCC